AUGGCUUUGUGCUUCCUUCUGCUGGCUGUGUGCUGGCUGUUAAGACCUGGCUGCAGCUCACCCAAUUGGUUCAACAACAUUUCCACAGACCUCUUCAGCAUGCCCGGAGACGUAAAGCUCGGAGGGCUUUUUCCCAUCAAGGAGCAGUCCAAUGAGGUGUCAAAUGACUUGACCAAACUCAACAGUGUGUCUUGUGACAGUUUGAAUAAAGACGGCCUGGGCCGUGCUCUGGUGAUGAAAUAUGCAGUGGAGGAAAUCAACGCCAACAGCCAGCUUCUGCCUGGAGUCAAGUUGGGUUAUAAAAUCUACAACACGUGCAGACACUCAGCUGUUAUUGUGCGCCCUGCUCUCUCCUUCCUCACAGAAAAGUCAAACGGGACUCUUUCUGUAGAGUGCAAUUACACUGACUAUGAGACAGACAUGGUUGCCGUAAUCGGCCCUCAAUCCUCAGAAAUGGUGACCGUCAUCGGAAAACUUCUGGGAUUCUUUCUGAUGCCUCAGAUUAGCUUUGGGGCCACCAGUGACAAAUUCAGUGACAGUCUUGUCUACCCAUCAUUCUUCCGCACAGUGCCCAGUGAUAUACGGCAGGUGGAUGCUAUGGUGCAGCUGAUAAAGAAAUUUAAUUGGAACUGGGUGGCAGUGGUGGGGAGUGAAGAGGAGUAUGGACAACAAGGUGUUCAGCAGUUCUCCAAAAAAGCAGAGGACAUGGGUGUUUGUGUGGCCUACCAGGGCUUGAUUCCAAUUUACGAUGAUCCAAAACCAGCGAUCCAAACCAUCAUUAACAAUAUCCAAACCACUGAGGUCAAAGUGGUUGUGGUGUUUUCUCUCGUGAGUCCAGCGGUGUCAUUUUUCGAAGAGGUUAUCAAGAAAAAUUUGACCGGUGUUUGGAUUGCCAGUUCAAGCUGGGCCAUAAGUGAUAAAGUUUAUUCCCUCCCCAACAUUGAAAGGAUUGGGACAGUCAUUGGAUUUAUCGAUGAGACAGAGACCCUAGAACUGUUGUAUCCUUUCACUGAGGUUCUGUUUAAAAAAAUCCACGAGGCAUCUCCAACAGAGAAGCCUGAGGACCCCUACAACCCCUGCCCAGAGUGCUGGAGCCUGUCGCCUGCAAAUGUCAGCCUGGUGAAAGAGGAGUCCGUGCAGAGAACAGCGUUUAGCGUGUAUGCUGCCGUUUACACUGUAGCACACGCACUGCAUAAAUUACUGGAGUGCAAUUCAGCUGCUUGUAAGUGGAGUUCAAGCACACGGCUGUAUCCCUGGAAGCUGUUAGAAGUCUUAAAGGAAUUCUCAGUGAACAUAAGUAACACCAGUUUAAAGUUUGAUCAAAACGGUAACCCAAAUAUUGGCUACAGUGUGAUUCAAAGGAGUUGGGAGAGGAACACCCAUCUUUAUCCAUCUGUUGGAAGCUAUCGAUCUGCAAAUCUGUCUAUUAAUGAAUCACUUUUCAAAUGGUACACCAACAACAGUGAGAAACCUGAGUCCACUUGUUCAAAAAAUUGCCAAAUAGGUCAGGUGCGUCGAGUGAAAGGGUUCCAUUCCUGCUGCUUUGACUGCAUCGACUGUUUAGAGGGCACUUACCAGGCUAAUCAAGACGACCUCCAGUGCACCACGUGUCCUGACCGCCAGUGGUCUUCGAUACGCAGCAACAGUUGCAUUGCCCCUAGUUUUGAUGUUUUGGAGUGGGGCGCACCUGUGUCCCUGUACUUGAUUGUGGCAGGGGUUAUCCUGCUCAUCUGCCAGGGGUCCGUGUUUGUCCUGUUCCUGAUGCAUCGAGGGACACCGGUGGUGUUGGCUUCGGGGGGCGCUCUGACUUUUGCUACUCUGCUCAGUCUGAUGGGAGCCUGUUUAAGCCUCCUGCUCUUCUUUGGGCAGCCUGGAGAUGUUGUGUGUCACAUACAACUUCCUCUCAUCUCCAUAUUUCAAACUGUGGCUCUCUCCGUCAUCCUGGCUGUUUCGCUGCAGCUGCUUCUUGUGACCGAGUUUCCGAAGAGCGUCGCUCCUCACCUGCGCACACUGAGAGGCCCAGGCAGCUGGGUGUUUGUGCUGAUCUGCUGCCUGGUGCAGGCUGGCCUCUGUGGCUGGUUUGUUCAGGAUGUACCCUCUCUGUCUGAAUACAAGAACAACAUGACCAUAAACUUCCUUCACUCAUUCCUGGCAUGCCCAGUGCCUUCAGAAAAACUCGCUAUUAUGCAGGGUUUAAAUGGUUCCAUGGCACUUGUGUCCUUCAUGUGCACCUUCAUGGCAGUGAAGCCUCUUCAUCAAUACAAUCUCGCGAGGGACAUCACCUUCUCCACCUUGAUUUACUGCGUGACUUGGGUGAUUUUUAUCCCACUCUACACCGGCUUUUCCACAUCUCAGUCCACUGAUCACAAGAAGAGAUCGAUCGCUCAUGUUUCUUUCACCCUGGUCGGCAUCUCAGCACUAGUGUUGGCUUACUACCUCCCAAAGUGUUUUUUGCUGUUGAGAAAACCCAACCUCAACACGCCACAGCAAUUCUGCACUUUCCUAGAAGGAGUCCCACCCACACAAACCGAGGAGGAGCCACAACCACGACAGGAAAAAUGA